AUGUAUAUAAAGAUGGCCACGUUAGCAAACGGACAGGCUGACAACGCGAGCCUCAGUACCAACGGGCUAGGCAGCAGUCCGGGCAGCGCCGGGCAUAUGAACGGAUUAAGCCACAGCCCGGGGAACCCGUCGACCAUUCCCAUGAAGGACCACGAUGCCAUCAAGCUGUUCAUUGGGCAGAUCCCCCGAAACCUGGAUGAGAAGGACCUCAAGCCCCUCUUCGAGGAGUUCGGCAAGAUCUACGAGCUUACGGUUCUGAAGGACAGGUUCACAGGCAUGCACAAAGGCUGCGCUUUCCUCACCUACUGCGAGCGUGAGUCAGCGCUGAAGGCCCAGAGCGCGCUGCACGAGCAGAAGACCCUGCCCGGGAUGAACCGGCCGAUCCAGGUGAAGCCUGCGGACAGCGAGAGUCGAGGAGGUAGUAGCUGCCUGCGCCAGCCCCCUUCACAUAGAAAACUCUUCGUGGGCAUGCUCAACAAGCAACAAUCUGAGGACGACGUGCGCCGCCUCUUCGAGGCCUUCGGGAACAUCGAGGAGUGCACUAUCCUGCGCGGGCCCGACGGCAACAGCAAGGGGUGCGCCUUUGUGAAGUACUCCUCCCAUGCCGAGGCACAAGCCGCCAUCAACGCUCUUCAUGGAAGCCAGACCAUGCCUGGAGCGUCCUCCAGCCUGGUGGUCAAGUUUGCAGACACCGACAAGGAGCGCACAAUGCGACGGAUGCAGCAGAUGGCAGGCCAGAUGGGCAUGUUCAACCCCAUGGCCAUCCCCUUCGGAGCCUAUGGCGCCUACGCUCAGGCACUGAUGCAGCAGCAAGCAGCCCUCAUGGCGUCGGUCGCGCAAGGAGGCUACCUGAAUCCCAUGGCUGCCUUCGCUGCCGCCCAGAUGCAGCAGAUGGCGGCCCUCAACAUGAAUGGCCUGGCAGCCGCGCCUAUGACCCCAACCUCAGGUGGCAGCACCCCUCCAGGUAUCACUGCACCAGCUGUGCCUAGCAUCCCGUCACCCAUUGGGGUGAACGGCUUCACCGGCCUCCCCCCACAGGCCAAUGGGCAGCCUGCUGCGGAAGCUGUGUUUGCCAAUGGCAUUCACCCCUACCCAGCACAGAGCCCCACCGCAGCGGACCCCCUGCAGCAGGCCUACGCUGGAGUGCAGCAGUAUGCAGGACCUGCCUACCCUGCUGCCUAUGGUCAGAUAAGCCAGGCCUUUCCUCAGCCACCGCCAAUGAUUCCCCAGCAACAGAGAGAAGGGCCCGAGGGCUGUAACCUGCUCAUCUACCAUCUGCCCCAGGAGUUUGGGGACGCUGAGCUGAUGCAGAUGUUCCUCCCUUUCGGUAAUGUCAUCUCCUCGAAAGUGUUUGUGGAUCGGGCGACUAACCAAAGUAAAUGCUUUGGCCGGCACCCCGUGCCCUCCCGCUGCCAGGCCCCCUCCUGUCAGGGAGGACAGUGUGCAAUAAGCUCCUCCGCCCGCAGGCUUCGUGAGCUUCGACAACCCGGCCAGCGCACAGACCGCCAUCCAGGCCAUGAACGGCUUCCAGAUAGGCAUGAAGAGGCUCAAGGUGCAGCUGAAGCGGCCCAAAGACGCCAAUCGCCCGUACUGAGCGCCGGCGGGAGCGUCCCCCGGGGGAGACCAGGACUCGCACAGGGCAGGAUGCUGAACGGGCUACAUUAAAAACAAACCUCUUUCUCUCUCUAUUUUAAAUGAGAACUGUUGGACGACACCUUUGACAUAUCAGCCAAUACCAAUCAAGCUGAAGACUCCAGACACUCCGUGUGACUGUAACAUUUCUUCAAGGAAAGUAUAGCGUCUAUGGAGUGCAGAGGGCACGUGUUUGGGGAAAAAUAUACAAGACAUAAAGAUGACGACGACGAAGAAAAAUGAUAUAAAGCAAACAAACAAAAAACCCGCGACUUUAAAACGAAAUAACUAACGUGAGCCCAGAUGGGGAAGCUGAAGGGCUGGGCACUAGGAGGAGAUGCUGCUGCCAGCCGAUCCUGGGGCGUUUCCUGCCCGCAGGCGCCCGAGGCAGGCAGGGGCAGGUAUACAAUGGGGCCCAGUCCCCAGCAGGCGGCUGGGAGGCCGCCCGCCCGAGCAUCUCUAUUUGUCAUUCCUUUAGCUAUUUAGGGACCAAAGGACCAAACUUUUUAUUGCAGAUGUGUAUGUAGCUCUGUCAAUUAGAGGUGGAAUGGAGACCAACCUCCUUCCUGCCUCCGGCUGUUCUUGAAACAGCUUAGAGCGAUUCUAUGAAAAUGUAAUAAAAAAAUAAAUAAAAUAAAAAAAAAAAUAAAAAAAGAACAAAAAACAAGGAAAAAAAUAAUGCUUCAACGCUUUUAAAACAGCAAGAGAUACUAGUUCUUUGAUACUUUGAGAGGCGCUUUGAUUACCCCGAUUGAAGUCUCUGAAACUUUCCUAUGGUUUUCUGUAUUAUAUGUCUGGAUGGAGCUGUUUAGAUAAAUUGAUUGGUGGAUAUUUGGGGAAAGCAACAAAGCUAUUAAGUCAUUAACCAUAAAGAGAACACGAGGGGAACCAGGGGACUUCGAAGGCAAGGUAAUUGUUGUGAAAAGUCUGUAAAUGCUUCUAAUUCUUCCCCCCUCUUAAAAUCAUAAUAGUUGUA